GGCGGAGCUGGCCACGAGGCGCCGGAUCUGGCCGAGCUCAAGGCAUGGCUGCGGCAGCUGGUCCCGCGAGUCAAUGACCGGUGGGACCAACUAGUUAGCCUUGUGUGUGUUUUGCGCUCGCGGCCGCCGCUAUUUUAUUCGGACGACGACGGUUUCCGCCGCCGCCACCGCCGCAUUGCCAUUGUCUUCGCCCCCCGCCGCCGCCUGCUCAAACCCAUCGGAGAGCAAACCGAAUGGAGCUCCACCUCACCUCCCGCGGCGCCCUCCCGCUGUCUCCGCCGCUCGCCGGCCAGCGGCGUCCUCACCUCUCUCUCUCCACGCCGUCGCUUCCGAUCAAGAAUCACACUUAUUCAGUGCCACCUCCUUUCUCCAAGGCUCACUGCGCGAUAGGAUGCCAAGCUUCUCUAGCAACUAACUACAUGGAAACCUCUGCGGUGGCUGAUUUGGACUGGGAGAACCUCGGUUUUGGCCUUGUCCAGACAGAUUUUAUGUAUAUUGCAAAAUGCGGGCCAGAUGGGAACUUUUCCAAAGGAGAAAUGGUACCAUUUGGACCUAUAGAACUGAGCCCAUCUGCUGGAGUCUUAAAUUAUGGACAGGGCUUGUUUGAGGGCUUAAAGGCAUAUAGAAAAACAGAUGGAUACAUUCUGCUGUUUCGUCCGGAGGAGAAUGCCAUAAGGAUGAGAAAUGGUGCAGAGAGGAUGUGUAUGCCUGCACCAACUCUUGAACAAUUUGUGGAUGCAGUAAAGCAAACCGUUUUGGCAAAUAAAAGAUGGGUGCCCCCAACCGGUAAAGGCUCCCUGUAUAUAAGGCCGCUGCUUAUGGGAAGUGGAGCUGUCCUUGGUCUUGCACCUGCUCCUGAGUAUACCUUUAUGAUUUUUGUCUCCCCUGUUGGGAACUAUUUCAAGGAAGGUUUAGCCCCUAUUAACUUGAUUAUAGAAGAAAACUUUCACCGUGCUGCCCCUGGUGGAACUGGCGGAGUGAAAACCAUUGGAAACUAUGCCUCGGUAUUAAAAGCACAGAGGAUUGCAAAACAGAAAGGAUAUUCAGAUGUCCUCUAUCUAGAUGCCGUUCACAAGAAAUAUCUGGAAGAAGUGUCUUCGUGCAAUAUCUUUAUUGUGAAAGGCAAUGUUAUUUCUACUCCAGCAAUAAAAGGAACCAUACUGCCUGGUAUAACAAGGAAAAGUAUUCUUGAAGUUGCUCAGAGAAAAGGCUUCAUGGUUGAGGAGCGCCUUGUGUCAGUGGAUGAGCUUCUUGAAGCUGAUGAAGUUUUCUGCACGGGAACAGCUGUUGUGGUGUCCCCUGUGGGGAGCAUAACUUAUCUGGGGCAAAGGGUGGAAUAUGGCAACCAAGGAGUGGGCGUGGUGUGUCAGCAGCUGUAUACUUCACUUACAAGCCUCCAGAUGGGUCAUGUGGACGAUUGUAUGGGCUGGACUGUGGAACUAAACCAGUGAUCAUGUACCUCCCUUCUCGCUGUAUACGUUGGGGGUAUUUGGCGCAUUGAUCCGAUAAUAAUGCAAAAUAAUAAAAAAUGUUGUUCUUUUUAUGGUCAGAACAAAUUCCCCAUAUACUAUUAGUCCUGUGCUCCUGAAGUUCUGAUCACAAGAACAGUGUGCUAAUGUAUCCUGUUAUCACAAAAUACUAGUAUCAAGAAAAUCUCAAAUAAAAAAAGACUGGACCUUAUUUGUUUUGAAUC